AUGACUAUGCUCUCAAUUAGCACUCCUAUCAUGACUCGACGAAUCUUAAAUUUCCCUUAUCAUCGUCUAAUCGCUCCUAUUAUAACUGAUGUUCAUGUGGUAUUAUCAUUACCAACCCGAUCGUUCCUAUCUACCUUUCUAUCAGUCGGUUUGUUUGUAAACAUGUUGUAUGAUUCUGGUAGGCAUCUAUCAGAGGACACGCCUUACUUAUACGUUCAUUGGUUGCAAAUAGAAAAGGCGGAGAAUUCUCGCGUACAGAUGUGCAAGACGGGUGGAGCUUUCAGCAUUGCAAUGCUCUCUCUCUUCCCUUCGCAUCCUCUUGUUCACUUCACCAAACGAUUCACCGCUGUCCGCUUCCAUAGCUGGGCUAAUUUAACUUUUCUGGAUUUGUAUCGUUCCGUAAAGUUUCUUUGGUAG